AUGAAGACAACCACAGGUGAAGAAUAUAUGGUAAGAUCUUAUUAUAGAUACUGCUCGACUCGUGAAACUGCACCUGUUGGUUUAGACCAAAAGGAUGUCAUUAUUUACCUUACCACUAAACCUGUUGUUCCAAAGAAAAUAAGAAAGGAAAUAAGAAUUUGUGACUUUUUGCAAAACCAUCAACAGUUUAAUGUAGAACCAUCCCUUUUAAGCAGUGAUCACGAAGAUACAAACAAUGAAACGAGCCAAAGGACACAGGAUGAAGACGAAUCUACAGAACCUCCAACAAAGAAAAAGAAGGAAUAA